GAAGACUCCCAAUCUAUCUUCACAUCACAUACGUUCUCCACUUUUUGGCGCGCGCGCACACACGCGUAGUAAAAAUGGAGACACUAAAAAUUGCAAUUUCGUUGCUGACCAUAACCAUUUUUACUGUGGCAUGGAAGAUUUUGAACUGGUUAUGGCUUAAUCCAAGGAAGAAAGAGAGGUUUCUUAGGAAACAAGGAUUCAAAGGGAAUCCGUAUACUUUCAGAAGGCUUUUGUUUGGAGAUGAAAAAGAGAGUGAAAAGGUCUAUGAAGAAGCCUUUGCAAAACCUAUCAAUAUGCAUGAUCCAAUUGUCCCUCGUGUUGUGCCCUUCAUACAUAAAACCCUUGAAAACUACGGUAACAAAUCAUUCAUGUGGGCCGGACAGAGACCAAAGGUGCUGAUAAUGGAACCUGAACUGAUGAAAACUGUCAUGGUUAAACACAGUAACUUCGUUAAGAAUUUUAAGGUCACUAAUAAUAUAGUACAAGAUCUUAUCACUGGAAUUAUUCGCUAUGAAUCUGCCGACUGGGCUAAAAGAAGAGGAAUUUUGAACCCUGCUUUUCAAAUGGAAAAGCUGAAGCAAAAGAUACCAGUAUAUCAAAAUUGCUGUAAUGAUGUUGUGAAUGAAUGGAAAGAGUUGGCUUCCAAGGAUGUUACUGUAGACGUGCUUCCUCAUUUCGAAAACUUGAUCGCAAGAAUUGUUUCUGAAUCUUUGUUUGCCACUGAU